GAUGGAGAGCCGGGAACCGCUCCAGGCUCUUCGGCUGCCGCCGCCGCCGCCUCUGAGAACGUCGCCGCCCCAGGACCGGCCUCGGCCACUGCCCCCACGGGAGCCCAGCGCACACUCUCGCAUGGUGGCAGCGACUCCUCCUCCUCCUCUUCUUCUUCCUCGUCCUUCGCUUUAGGCCCGACAGCGGUCACCACAGUUCCUAGCUCCGUUGACACUUCCACCGUCGCCAUCUUCCCGGAAACGCCGCCCGCACGUCAGUGGCGCCCCCUUGCUGCCAUGGCAACGGGCUCUGGCUGGGAAGCCUGGAGGAGCGGUGGGCGGGUCUUGCACUCCUCCAAUCUCGGGAGGGCCCGCCCCCUCGGGACUUGGUUAACGCAUUUUGUGAAUUAGACACUUGGCGUAGGAGGAACAAGUGAAUGAAACCGAACAAGUAAUGUCCUGCCUAUGGGGGCUAGAGCGGCCCUUUCCCUGGGUAGAGAGUAGAUAUUGUGUUCCUGAUCUGUUUAUUUCUGGAGACUCUGAGAUGUAGUAAACCCUCCCAGUGUCCUUCUGGAGUCCAAAAAACCUUUUGCUGUCAAGCCACCUUUCCCUCCCUCGCAACCCUUCCUCCUCCUACCAUAUAAGGAGAGGCAGCUGCUAGGAGCCUCCUAGGAUCUAAAGAUAGAGAGGCUUUUGCUUGGGACUCCAAAAGCCACCGGGCAGCUGGAGUCACCAUGGAACGGCAGCAUGCCCGGACUCUGUGGUACGACAGACCCAAAUAUGUUUUCAUGGAGUUUUGCGUUGAGGACAGCACCGACGUCAGUGUGCUCAUUGAGGACCACCGCGUCGUGUUCAGCUGCAGGAAUGGUGAUGGCGUGGAACUGUAUAACGAGAUUGAGUUCUAUGCCAAGGUGAACUCCAAGGACUCCCAGGAUAAGCGCUCUGGUCGCUCCGUUACUUGCUUUGUGAGAAAAUGGAAGGAGAAGUUGGCCUGGCCUCGGCUCACGAAGGAGGAUAUAAAGCCUGUGUGGCUCUCUGUGGACUUCGAUAACUGGAGAGACUGGGAAGGAGAUGAUGAGGUGGAGCUGGCUCAGGUGGAACAUUAUGCAGAGGAUGAUUCUGACAGCUAACUAGCUUUCUGUGAUGGUGGACCCGGGGAGGAGGCGGUAGCUGCCUUCUGUCAUGCUGAAAAGCUGGGAUGGGGCCUUCUUCGACUACUUCGUUAUGCUUCAAGAUCCACAGAGACCCCUGAACUCUUCCAGAAGCUCUUUCUGAAGGGCCCCCCUCCCCGUGUUAGGUCUUCCUCCUGGGCGCCUGAUCGUGUUCCUGCAUGAGGUGGGGGGGUGGGGAGGGAGGGGGACGCUGACUGCUGUGGCUGACUUCCCACUGACCCGACUUAGAAUCUGUGCUUGGGUGUUGGGACAUGUGUUCAAAUGUGGUAAAGCAAAGGCUAAAGAAGAAAGGGAUGAUAAUAAAUUCUAGGGAUGAUCCCUCCCUUCCCUUCCUGUGUCCCCAUCCCUGUGGAAAGCCCCUUCUUUCUGCAGAGCUCAUGGCCACUUUGCAGUGGGACUUCUCACCCAGAUAGGUCCCUGUCACGCCUGGACCUUUAGCUGCUUGUACCUUUGUGGUCAAGAGUAUGUAGUAUUGUUUUGUUUAGUUUUGUUAGAAAAUGAGAGUCUGGUCCUCAGUGCCCCUACCAGGUGGCUCACAAACACCUGUAACUUGGUGUACAUACACAUAAGUAAAAAUAAUAUUUUAAAAAUCCAA